GUCGGGUAUCCAUCUACCCAGUGCGUGAGAUAAUGGCGUCUCCUUGCUCGCUGCACGGUUCAUGGCGUCUGGAAAUUACGUUCUCGACUUGACAGAUGAGAUCCUCUUCGCCGUGAAUCAGUCGACACUGGAAUGUCAUUGUCCGAGACAAGCAGCUCUCUUUAGCCGUGCCCCAGGUGUGGACAGCGGCCCCUGUGUCCACUCAUAGCUGGACAGGGCAGACAGGUUACCUUGUGGACUACAUGUGGAUUGUAUCGUUGCAGGUGACCUGAAUUAAGAUCAGCAUGGAAAUGCCCGACCUUGACCUUGGCCUCCACGAAGAGGAGCUCGUGGUCCAGAGAAACCCCGAGGCGUUAUUGGACGUACUCACAAUAAGAUCUCUGCGCUCACGAAAAAUGGACCCGGAAGUGACCAGCAUAGCGUCGGAACCCCUGCUCUCGUUGGAUCGAGAUAUCGACACGUUUGUGCGAGACUUCAAAAUAGACGAUUCAAUUUCGGAUAUAUUUGCAAUGGAAGAAGAACCAAAGCCUACAAAAUCAAAGCAGAGCGCUGGACUACGCUCACAAGGUCCGAGCCAAGCCAAAGGUUGGAAGAAAACAUGUCGACGAGCUCAAUCUGUCGACAACAUCCUUGAAGCUGCUGGAGUCGGUUCUACCAGUUCCAAGAAGCAGAAGACAUUCGGCAGUAUAUUUUCCCGCAAACCAAAGGCGAAAUCCGAAUCUCGAAAAAAUAAAGUUCUAACAUGGCAUACGGAUACCAAUAACAUGCCUCAACCAACGUCAGAAACAAAACAAAGGGGAGGUAACUCUAAACCUUUUCCUGACAAAGUUGAGGAUGUCGACGGUGGCUACAUGACCAUGAAUAAAGCUGUGUACACAGGUGUGAAUCCCACAAAGAGCAGCACGAAAGACAAGGUUUUUGAAAAGGAGCAAAACUCUAGCCAUCUGGACAGUGGAUAUGCUGUUUUACACACUGUGUGCACACAAAACUCCACGUACGAUGCACUGGUGCAAUGUAUUGACAGAGGCCGACAGGAGGAUUUGAUUCAUGACCUGAGCACCAUGCCACCAGAGGUCGCCUACACUCUCUGCGACGUCCGAGGUAACACUAUACUGCACAGGUGUGUUCUGAAGAACAAGGCCAACUUUGUGUCAGCUAUAGUCUCAAUACAUCCGGGCCUUCUUUCACGUCAAAACAAAGAGGAGAUAACCCCAGCUGAAUUGGCUGUAAAGCUGGGACGAGUGGAUUGCAUGAAGGUGUUUCUGCAGAAAUGUCUAUCCGACGGUUCUGAAACCUGUGUGUCAGAGCUCUCCAGCCUACUGUCAUAUGCAAUGCACUCUAGACAGGAGGCAAUGGCAGGGACGCUUUUGGAUCACCUUUCAACGCUAACAGCUGGUUCUACGACGCCCAUGCCAGUGCGAGAGAAACGUGGGAACCCGAGUCACGUGGCGGCGAAACGUGACGACAUCAGUAGCCUUCAGAGGCUGGUGGAAAUGGGAUUUGACGUCUCUUCCGGGACCACUGAACAUGACCGUCCAAUCAAUGUCGCUUACAGCAACAACAGUCAAACCAGCUUCCGGUAUCUUCUUCUACUGCAGGUGUUGGAGACUGUCUUAAAAGAGGCGAUGUCGUUGGAACAAUCAAACAACAGAUAUGGAAUUAUAGACACUGAGGAAAGGCGCGGGAGAGAUCGGAUAACAGCCAACGUUCAGCUCCUUAGGAAGGCUCACAGCCAGUACCAAAAACUGCUGACAAGGCACACGACACUGGCCAGACAGUGUGCAGACAUCGUGGACGACCUGAUGGAAGACAAGGAAAACAGGACCUGUGUGGAGAAGUUGAGACAGCUGCGAUGUUUGUUGUCAUCAAUGAUGGAAAGUGGGUCUGAUAGAUUUGGCAUGAGUCGGGGAAUCGACGACAUUGCACAUGUCCUUCAGUCAAGGGACAUUACUCCGUCACAUAAAGGAUUGAUUGAUAUUGAGCAGGCACGAGAAUCAACCAGGUCUCUAUUGAAAGGCGUUCACGAGUCCUGGAACACUCGAGACUUUGACAUGACACGAGAAGUGAAGAAAGCCCUUAGUCGCUCAACAUCAAACCAAAACGCCAAGCCCUCAGUCAAAACACAGCGGCGUUUGAGGGAUGGGGAACAAGUUCAAGUAAGCUCUACUUGUCAAGACGGCGAUGUUGUUGCCGCGGCCGGUGACGCACGUAGCAGGCAUCCGGGGCGGAAGGGAACAACUUCUAGAACAGUCAUUACCGCAGGCGGUUUGUCACAGGAUGCGACCAAACACACGAGCAAUGCCAGACUUGGGCAACGGCCAAAAUCGAUACCAUCUGAGGGCCACGCGAGUAUACCACGACACCAAACACCGUCCCACGAUUAUAUAUCUCUUGACAGAGAUACAAGAUCAAUAGAUGAUUUGAAGGAACUACCAUCAGAAGCUGCAAGACAGACGCAAGGUCAUAAGCAUCUUCGUCCUAAACUUUCACAUGACUAUGCUGUUAUCGAUAAACAUUCGAUCGAAAGACAAAAUUCUGCUAUCGCUGAAUUUAAUGAAAACGAAAAAAAUGUGAGUUCCACAAUCAGGGAGGGGACCCCAGGGGGAAAGAAGAUCCCCCUGAGUGCUCAGAAAUCCCCGGAUUACGCGACAAUCAGUUCCGAUAUUGGCGAAAAGACUGAGACUGAAAACAGAGAUUAUGGAAAUAAUGCUGAUUUUUCAGAUGGGGAUACGAUGUCAACAAUAUCUUCCCAUAAUUCCUCACUUCAGUCGGCAGUAGCGCACCUGUCACGUGAUUACCUCUCGGAGACAGGGGAGAGUUUCCGUUCAGUAUCAUGUGUGAUAAAUGCACGUCGUGGAAACACAGACAUCGGUCAGUUUGACGUGUCGGACUUUUCCGCAGACAAUUCUUCAGAUUUGUUGUCUGUAUCAUGUCCUACUCAAAACAGUCAGAGUCAGAUGUCAUAUUGCAGUGAAGAUGACGAUGAGAACGUUUGCUAUAACUACGUCAGACUUAACCUUGAAAACGAGGAUCUCCCUGAUGAAGUGCUACGCAACCACCGUCUCUUCCGCCAUCUUGAAGCUGUUCAACGUUUGAACACAGAAAACAGUGACGUCAUCGAAACCGUGGUCACAGCGUCUGGCGAAAGAAUAAGCUCGGAUUCUUCUGAUGACAGCUCGAGUAGAUUUAUCAACGUUAGAGAGGAGGAAAGUGAUAAAUCGGUGCAAAAACAUGCACUUAACGACAAGAAACAGCGGAGAGUCAAACUUUUCAAUCUUUGUGAAUUAGUUUCCAAACGAGAGUUAACCCAGUCGGACUUUCUCGAGUGCUACGAUCGAUCAGCUGACGUCAUUCAUACACAGCGUUGCCAUGACAACCUUGAUCUGCCGUGGGAUCAACUGCAGUUUUCUGAUGUGGAAGACGAACCUGCUGAGGACAGACCAUGGUACGAAGUCUCAGAAGAUGAAGAAAGCCUUGCGCAUGCGUGGUCGAGUGAUAGUGAGGCUUCUACGCUGUGCGGCAGUUCGACUGACUGAACAUGAAGCCCGGCUCCUUGAUGUGAGCUUCGUCCAAAAUAUGAACAAUAACUUGUUUAAGUGAUAUACCAUGAGCAGCAAAUAAUACAUGUGUGACUGAAUGUAUGUUCUGCAAUAAAAUAUUUACGUCAA